GUCUCUGGUGAACACCUCCCCGCCCCCGGCCCGCCUCGGCGGCUCCGGCCUCCAGCGCCGUCGCGAAGCGGAGGACUUCGGAGUGUGAGACGGGCGGUUUUCCUGCAAUCUGGGGACUCUCCUCGGAGCAUAAAGCCAUCUGCAGGCACCCCUCCCCUGAGAGAAAAUGGCUGCAGUUCUCAUCAUCCAGGAUGGAGAACAAGAACCUGUGAUAGUAAAGGUGGAGGAGGAUAACUUUGUUGUACAAGAAAUUGACUUGCAGAAGAACAGCCAGUCCUGUCAGGAGGUCUUUGGCCAGCGUUUCAGGCAGUUCUGCUACCAGGAGACAUCUGGACCGGAGGCGCUGAGCCGGCUCCGGGAGCUCUGCCGACGCCGGCUGCGGCCCGAGACGCACAGCAAGGAGCAGAUCGUGGAGCUGCUGGUGCUGGAGCAGUUCCUGACCAUCCUGCCCGAGGAGCUGCAGGCCCGGGUGUGGGAGCAGCAUCCACUGAAUGGAGAUGAGGCUAUGUUGGAAGAGAGUUUUAUGAUCCGGGAUUUCAGGGCACAUUCCAAGCAGAUGGACAGGAAGUGCUCUGGGAGGAGGUGAUGUCCCUGGGAGCCACACCCCAGUCACCAAGUUAUCAGCGCCAGCACAUGGAGACUCUGCUCAAGGAUGCCUCUCUGGAGCCCCUUCCCUACAAGAGAGAGGUGAAGAGGAAGAGGAGGAACCGAUCUGGGAAGGUGGGUUAGGGUAGCAGGCUCCUGCUUGGCUAAUCAAAGCCAUCCUUUACAGCUUAAUCAUGAAUGUGUCUAACCCUCACCCAGAAUCCUCGCUGGCUUAUCUACCUCUCUUUUUACAAAGUACAACCUUUAUUCUUGGCCUUUUAAAACGGUUUUUAUUUUAUUUGCUUUUCACAUACCCAUCUUUGCUUUUUAUUAAAGCACUGAAUGAUCACAUCAUCCUGUUGCUUCUCCUUUAUGAUCUCCGCCUCAGUGUCUUGCCCUACCCUCUAAGUUUUAUCGACCCAUCUGGGAUGAA